AGAGGAGAGACACAUUUGUGCAAAAACAAUUUUCGUACGCCGACCGACAGCCACCCGGAAAGAGUUGAAGUUUUAGUCGCAUUUUGACAAAUCAAAAAACCUUAGAAAUAGUGAUAUUCGGGCCGCUUUUAGUCUUUUCGUAAGGAUGUUUAAGAAGUUCGACGAAAAGGAGAGUAUCUCAGGUGUUCAACAGCUCAAAUCCUCGAUACAGAAGGGCAUUCGGGUGAAGCUGCUCGAACAGUACCCGCACAUCAAGGAUCACAUCGACCAGGUGUUGCCCAAGAAGGAUCAGUUCAGGAUCGUUAAAUGCCAUGAUCACAUCGAAAUACUGGUUAACAGUGCCGGGGAUCAGUUGUUUUUCCGGCACCGGGAGGGCUGCUGGAUGCCGACGUUGAGGCUGUUCCACCGAUAUCCGUUUUUCCUGCCGAUGGAACAGGUAGAUAAGGGUGCCAUCCGGUUUGUGCUGAGCGGAGCCAACAUCAUGUGUCCCGGGCUGACGUCCCCGGGUGCCUGCAUGACUCCGGUCGACAAGGGCACGGUCGUGGCAAUCAUGGCCGAGGGCAAAACCCAUGCGCUGGCCAUCGGUCAGACAACGCUAUCCACCGAUGAUAUAUUGAAAGUCAACAAGGGCGUUGGUGUGGAGAACUGCCAUUAUCUAAACGACGGACUGUGGCACAUGAAGCCAGUGAAGUAAACCGCUUCCUCAUCACUUCUGGAGCUGUGUUCUCGUGCGGGAUCAUCGCAACCUAUCUAUUCGCACUUCAGGCUAAGAGCAUAUAUAACGUGAACUAUUGAAUAUACAACAAAUGUGAA